AUGGACAGUCGGGUACUCGAGCAUCCUCACGCCCAGUUCGGAGGCUCCUUGGGCGGGCUGGUGGGCUUCCCGUACCCGCUCGGUCCCCAUCACCACCACCACCACCAUCACCAGCACGUCUACGAGCUCGCAAGCGGACACCAGCUGCAGUCGGCGGCCGCCGUGCCCUUCUCUAUAGACGGAUUACUUAACGGCUCUUGCUCGGCCUCGGUGGUCAGCUCCAACCCGCUGCUCUCCCCCGACAGUCAGCAGUUCAAACUCUCAGAUUCGGGGGACCCGGAUAAAGACAGUCCCGGUUGUAAACGGAGGCGCACGAGGACGAAUUUCACCGGGUGGCAGCUGGAGGAGCUGGAGAAGGCUUUCAACGAGAGCCACUAUCCAGAUGUGUUCAUGCGGGAGGCGCUGGCGCUCCGGCUGGACCUCGUGGAGUCCAGGGUUCAGGUUUGGUUCCAAAACCGACGAGCUAAAUGGAGAAAAAAGGAGAACACAAAGAAGGGGCCGGGGCGGCCUGCACACAACUCCCACCCGACCACGUGCAGCGGUGAGCCCAUGGACCCCGAGGAGAUCGCACGGAGGGAGCGCGAGCGGGCCGAGAAGAAGAAACGGAAACAGGAGAGGAAGCUGCUGAAGUCGCAGAAUAAACUUCUAGCAGGUGACAGCUUCCACACACCUGGAGGUUCGGAGAGUGACAGCGGGGUCUCCCAGUUCACCGACAGCGAGCAGCAGUCUUCAGGCGUUAAUGGGACUAUUCACAUUGAACUGCCAGCAACAAAGGGUGCAGGAGGACACCAAACUGAAUCCAGCUGUGACCAAACACGACACGACUUCGGUCAACUACAAAACCACCAAAACCAAAGAACCGCGGGAGAACCGGAGCAGGUCUCUCCAGGCAGCACGCACAGCUCCAGUCCUGGAGGCCCGAGGUCCUCCACCCUGCAGAAACGGAACCCUUUCAGCGUGGAGAGCCUCCUCUCUGACACUAUGCCUCGACGGAAAUCUCAGCUGGACUUCAACUCACUGCCCAAUCAGAGGACACUGGUGGGUAAAGGUCACUUCUUGCUUUACCCCAUUACCCAUCAGCCUUUGGGCUUUCUGGUGCCCCAAACAGCCCUGAAGGCCACACCGUGUCAGGACAACAUGAACAGGCUCGGCCUGGGACAGCGGUGUGUGCCAGGUGAGGGCAGCCCUGCUCCCUCUGACCUCUCCAGCUUUGGCAGUGUCACUAAGUCUCUAAACUCAGAUUCUCUGGAGCACAACUCGCAGCAUCACCACAAUCACAUCAGCAGCAGAGCGGACGGAGCCGACAUGGAGGACUGUGGUGGUGACUGCAGCAAUGGAAGAUUCCCUGUUUCUCCUCCAGCGAACAGCGUGGCUCAGACGGCUCUGUCCAGACUGAGCUCCACACAGUCCAGUGACAGCAGCGAGGAGAGGAGUCUGAAAGUUCAAACGGAGGCAGCGACCAAUGGCUGCCAAUCUGCUGAGCCGUGUGCAAAAGAAAAGGGUGCAAGAGAGGAGCGAGCGUCUCCAGACCUCUCCGAGUGUCUCAAGGCAAACACAGACUGUCAAGAAACACCCGGAACAGAUGGAGAGGAUGUCGAUAUGGACUAACACUUUGAAGGAGCAAACAUAAACAAAGGACCAGGAACACCGCUCAGACUAUUCAAACAUUCCCAAAGCUCUGCUGAGACACUCUAAAACAUAUCAGGAAUCAGGAGACUUAAUUCUCAUCUAUUUUUUAAUCAUAAGGUGUGAUCAAUCCAGAUGGCCCCUC